CUGCAGCACUGCCGUUUCUUCUCGAACAAGCUCCUGGACCACUUUUGCAGCAAAAAUGAAAGACAUGUUGGUAAAGAACAUGUCCUUCAAGGUCGGACAGACCCUGACCCUUGUUGGAGUUGCCAAACCUGAUGCGACAAACUUCGCAGUGAACGUCGGCUCCUCUGACCAGGACAUCGUGAUGCACAUCAACCCUCGUUUCAACGCCCACGGAGACGAGAACGCAGUGGUGUGCAACUCUUACAUCGGAGGACAGUGGUGUGAGGAGCUCCGUGAGGGGGGCUUUCCUUUCCAGCAAGGAGAGGAGUUCAAGAUCAUCAUUGGAUUCACCCCUCAGGAGUUCCUGGUGACUUUAUCCGAUGGCUCCAACAUCCACUUCCCCAACCGCAUCGGGGCGGAGAAGUACUCCUUCUUGAGCUUUGAGGGGGAGGCUCGCAUCACGAGCAUUGAGAUCAAGUAAUCCUGCUCCGUCCCAGGAAUCAGGAUCAGGUCCCAUAUAACUCCAGCUUUUAAACUCCUGAGUACCUGCUCAUCACGCAUUAUCGCAUUAUGCAAGAAUUUAGCUUGUUGACAUGUGCAGAUACGAAUCGUAGAACAAAUGAAGGAUGGAUAAGAUGCUGUAGUCCCAAUGUCGUAUGAAGAGCAAGUCGCUUACUGGACAUUUUUUGAGUCAUGUCUGCACAUAUCAAGCUUACUUGUCUUAGUUUGAUGUCACUGUGCUAAACUACUCAUUGGAAAACAAGCCAAACAUAAAGUAGUUCCAAGCCUAUGUUAUCUGACUGUUAUUAACUUUGCAGAGUUUAGCUGACAUGUGACCAUGUUCUUCUUGAAGGUGCCUUGAAAUGUUGCAUGUUCUUUUUGGUUUUGUUUUCCCGCCCAAACAUUCCAGAUUUGUAACAACAUGUA